CGUUGGAAUUGCAGCGAUGUGACCUUCCGUCCACAAUGAGAUCAAUUGGAAUUUCUAGCUCGGUGGAUUGCUUACCUGACGACAUUUUAGCGGGUAUUCCUCAUCCUCCUGCACAUUUUCAAGUGGGCCCCACUUCAUACAAUCUGUGCACGCCGAUGGUUUGCGAGGAUCUGCAAUUCCUCAGCCGCACCGCAAUUUGUUCUGACCUUCAGCGGCGGUGGGCGCGAAUUAAUACUGCGAAGAAACAACCGCUUACUGGGGUCGGAGCACGUCGAACCCAGCUGAGGCCGUCUCAAGGAAUCGGAGGUCUCCAAAUUCGCUCCCUCAACACAUUUCUGCCCUACCCUGAAUUCGAUCGUACUGUGGAAUGUCUGGACAAUCGGCGGCUUGGGAAACAGAGGGUAGAGGCGAUGCAAAUUCUGCGCAUCGUCCAGGCGAGCCCUGUUCCGAUUCGUGGGAUGGCGUGGGCGAAUGCGCCCGUGGUGAGAAUGUGGCGUGGCUUUCCCGGCGCGCUGGCAGUCUAUUAUAACGCUUGCUUAGAGGAGUGGGGAAGGCGAGGUUUUAAGAAUAUCGUGCUUCAGCCUGCCGACGUUGAAUUGCCUGUUGUCAUGCCCCCAUGGCUAGGAGAUGAACUAGUGCACGCAUCACACCGUUCCAAUCUGUUGCGGAAGGAACCUGAGCAUUACCUGCAGUUUGGAUGGACGGAGUCUCCGGAUUUACCUUACGUGUGGCCGGUACCUCUCGUCCGGGUUGAAGUUACGAAGGUCGAGAUUAGCGAUAGUAAAUAGCUCCACGAAGGUGUGGAGCGAUUGUUGUUUGCUACCUUCUCAAAAGCUUCCGAGUACUUGCUUCAACAUCUCCUCAACAGAUGUGCCUCGCAUGACGUAACCCCUGCAGCUAUCACUAUCUUUAUCCUCAUUCCUCUUGCCGUUGAUGUUACUAUGCAACUGAUUCCUUCUCCAUUUCAUAUCAUCUGGAGCAACUUUCGGAGGUUGGUGUGCGUUUUGCCGUAAAAUUCCCAGUCUUCAACAAUUAGUUCAUACAGUUGCAAAAUCUACCAGCAGAGUUUCAGCAUGAAGCCAUUCGAUGCACAUCCUGCACGGCGGAGCAUACACGGAAAUGGUAGAACACCCACUUGGACAAAUGGGUACCUUAAUAAUCUACCCCUAAGCAAAUGACUGACUUGCAGGCGAUUUCUAGCUUCUUGAGUAUGAGAAGUUACUUAUCGAUCUUAAUAUAUCUUCAGAUGACUGGGUAGUAGCUUUCAUUCUCGCUGUCAAUUGUGGCAGGCUGCUGUGUGUUGAUCUAAUGUGUCACUAUUGUUUUGACCUAUUGAGGCUGCAUUGGACUACAUCUAUGAAGCUCCUCUUCCUUAGUAUGAGGAUUGAAAGGAGUUCGAUUUGGUUACUGCUAGUCCUGUGUGCAUCUUCGAUUACGACUCCCAAUUGUCUUCGUGAAGCUGGUUACGACGCGUCGAUCAUAUUCUUUGUGUGAGCUUCACACGUUGUGUAGUGUACAUUCUAAGUGGAGGACCAAGGAGUUUGGUCUGAAAAAUAGUCCAUCAUCAUCAUUUCUUCUUUGUGGCGUGUUUCGUCAGUGAAAUAAGUAUUUCCAAAAGUGUAGUUCCGGAGGUCCAGAAACCUUGUUAGAUUCAUGGUUUUCCUGAACUAUUGUAAAUUAAUUAUAACUAUUACUUCAAA